UGUGACUUUCAUCAGCGUCUUGGCGAUAUAUUACGCUAAAACUCAUUUCCUUUAAAACAUUUUUUUGAUCCUUGUUCAUAUCAUUUUUCUUGAGAUUGAACGCCUAUGCGUUUAACAUUAGAUGUUAUUGGUUCAGCGGAACAAAGCUUUGGGCCUCUCAAAGAACAUAUCCUCUCAUUCCGAGGUUUGAAAAUUCCAGCUAUUGAAAAUUUAGGAGCUACACAUGAUUUUUUCGAUACGAUUGACUUUUGCGAUAAUGAUUUAAUAAAACUAGAAAAUUUUCCCUUAUUAAAACGUAUUUCUUGCUUGCUUGUUGCAAACAACCGAAUACGAAAGCUGGAUCCUGAUAUGUUUGUAAAUCUUCCAUCUUUGAUAUCGCUUGUUCUCACCAAUAACAAACUCUCUUUUAUGCAUGACUUAGUGCCGUUAUCUCAAGCUAAAUCGAUCAUACGGUUAUCUCUUGUGGAUAACCCUGUUACAAAUCUCUCCAAUUAUAGAUAUUAUCUAAUAUAUCUUUUACCAACGUUACGAUUUCUUGAUUUUGAACGUGUUACGUCUCAGGAACGUCAAAAAGCUCAACAGUUUUUUAAAACGGUGGAGGGAGUAGCUUUCUUGAAAGAAAUAACAUUGGCAAUUAAAAAACCAAAGGCAGUCAAAGAAAAGUCUGAUAGUACUACCUAUUCCUCUACUCUGAAAGAAGAUGAGCAACAUCCUUCAUCCGUGAAACAAACUCUAUCACAACACUUAUUGUCCAACAAUGAAACUUUAGCUCUUCAAGAAGCUAUUGCUUCAGCAACCAAUUUAGCUGAUGUCGAGGCAUACGAAAAAUGUCUAUCAACCGGAGUUAUUACUCCAUCUAUUAGAUUGAGUCUUAAUUUGUAGAAGGAAAACUACAGUAGUUGACAAGUUUUUGAUAACCUACGAUUCUGGUAUAUUUUAAAAUUUUGAGUUAUAAUAUAAAAGCACAAUCACACCUCGUGUUUCAUACAAGAAUAAAUAUUAGUACUAAACGUUAAGAACAUUUCUUUUGUUUUAUCGCAUUAAAAG